AUGCAAAAUUCUGUGCCAUAUUUUACGAAAGUUCCUGAUGGGAUUGUUCCAGGGAGAUCCAUAAUCAUUAAAGGCGUGGUGACGGCAGAUGACAGAUUUGCGAUCAACCUCAAAUCUGGGGAGGACUAUGGCUUCCAUUUGAAUGGCUGUGUUGUGAUGAACCAUUGUCAGGGAGGAUGGGGGCAGGAAGAGAGGAUUGAUGGAAGCAUGUUUCAGCCUGGUCAACCUUUUGAAAUCUGUAUACAUGUACAGCCGAAUGAAUACACGAUUUUCAUCAAACAGAAUCCGGAUCCUCACUUCUUCAACAUCAGGUUGUUCCCUCUUGAAACUUACGAUGAGUUACACAUUGACGGGUCCGUAGAGAUUAAUGAGAUAACUUAUGUUUAAGGCCGUCUUAACAUUAAGGAUUCCGACGACUUUAAUUUUUUCUUUGACAUUUUAUAAUUAUAGUAUUAUUCACUUUCUGAAUAUAUUCCUGUGUGAUUUGUUUCACGUGUGUGAUGUUUUUAACGUUGUAUA